UUGAAGCAUUUCACUCCCUCUUACGGUUCUGAGCGACGUUAUGAAGGAGAAGAGUUUUCUGAUAGCCAAAGCAAUAAGAUGAUCGACCACACGAAUAAGAUGGAUGAGGAGACUUGGAUCGAGGUGGAUCUUGACACCGAGUGGAAUCUGCCUGGACCCGGUCCUGCGGACGCCCUUGAGGCUUGGUUACAUUGGAAUAAACAGGUGGCUGUGGAUGAGGAUAUUGAUAGCCAAAAUAAAGGCACAAAUGCAUUUAUGAAUGAGGACAGGCUGGAAACAAAGGCAGGCUGGAGUCCUUUCGCGGGGUGGCCUGUCAAAGGCAAAUUAUGCCGUGUUGUCCUACGCGGGGAAAUUGUAUUUGUUGACGGAAAAGGCACACUGAACUAG